AUGGUGGGGAUCCUCAAAUCCAACCCGGCGGGUCUCGCCAGCAGACCCCACACCCCACCACGUACACCACGCAAGGCUAUGAAUCCGUCACUGUCACGGGCUCACUCGCCAGCAUCACGAGCGAGCUCCGUCCAUCCCUUCGAGACCACCAGUCCCGUGAGGAAGGUCAUCAAAGUCUUGGUCGAGGAUGACAUUGAAGUCAUCGAACUCCCCAACGACGAAACAUCCAACACCAUCUCGGACGCCGAAUUGGUAUACCCAGAGAGCUCGGAAGAGCCAUCGAGCGAGACGGAAGAUGACGAAAACGACGAAGACGAUGAAGACGACGAUGAUGAUGACGACCAAUCCGACGCUGACGACGAAGAUGACGAUCACGAAGACGAAGACGAAGACGACGAUGAUGACGUCUCCUCCCAAUGCAGCGACUCCAGCACCAGCGAGAUCGCCCUCGAGCUCUCCGGCCUCCGCUGCAGCGACAAGCAAGAGCUGAGAUUCCACGAGACCCGGCAACAGCGGCACCGGGAGAAACGUCGGGACUCCCGCGUCUACAAACGCUCCCACAGCAUAAGUGCCAAGAGCGAGUCCGGAAACGUGGACCCCGACGCCAUGGACGAUCACGACUGCCCUGUGGCCCAGCGUCGUCUGCGUAGACGUACCCGUGGACCGGGAGAUUUCGAGUUCGACCUCGAACGACUGCAGGCCAAUACCAUCAUGCGUGGCGGCCCUGUCGGUCUGCCACCUCACGUCAACAGACUGGUCGCGGUCGAGCGUUUGUGA